GACAAGCCUCAGGAAUCUACCACACUGCCCACUAUAUUGCAAGCUUCCCCGUUACUAGCGCACCAUCAUCUGCACCUGUUUACUCUGUUGUUGUAGUUGGAGCGCUUGGGAGGGGUCAUUAUUUCGCAGGGAGCCGUAGGAGGAGGAGGUAUUUCCGUGACACCGACAGAAGCGUGUAGCCUCAGCUUCAGCUUCAGCACCACACUAUUGAGGAAAGCUGUGUCCGGAUUCAGGCGAUUUUCGGUGUUCACUGUGGGAUCAUUAUAGAAGAAGAGGACGCUAUUUUUUUUUUUGGGAAAUACUCAGUCAAACCAGGCACUGUGCACAGUUUGCAAACCCAGCAAGAAGUGUCAUCUCCGACGGUUAAAGAGAUCAUGACGGCCGCCACCUCCCCCAUCCUGUUAAAAUGGGACCCCAAGAGUCUUGAAAUACGUACCCUGACUGUGGAGAGGCUCCUGGAGCCCCUGGUCACACAGGUUACUACCCUGGUGAACACCAGUAACAAAGGGCCCUCCAGUAAGAAGAAGGGCCGCUCCAAGAAGGCUCAUGUGCUGGCAGUGUCUGUUGAGCAGGCUACCCAGAACUUUCUGGAGAAGGGGGAGCAGAUUGCCAAAGACAGCCAGGACCUCAAGGAGGAGCUUAUCGCUGCUGUGGAGGAUGUUCGUAAGCAAGGGGAAACCAUGCGCAUCGCCUCCUCCGAGUUUGCUGAUGACCCGUGCUCCUCUGUGAAAAGAGGCACAAUGGUGAGAGCCGCCCGGGCCCUGCUCUCUGCCGUCACCCGUCUCCUCAUCCUCGCCGACAUGGCUGAUGUCAUGAGACUGCUGGCCCACCUUAAAAUUGUGGAGGAGGCUCUGGAGGGAGUAAAGAAUGCAACCAAUGAGCAGGACCUGGCGAACCGCUUCAAGGAGUUUGGGAAGGAGAUGGUGAAGCUUAACUAUGUGGCAGCCAGGAGACAGCAGGAGCUCAAAGACCCUCAGUGUCGAGAUGAGAUGGCAGCGGCACGCGGGGCCCUUAAGAAAAAUGCCACCAUGCUGUACACGGCCUCACAGGCUUUCCUGCGCCACCCAGACGUGGCCGCCACACGUGCCAACCGAGACUACGUGUUCAAGCAGGUGCAGGAGGCCAUCGGAGGCAUUUCCAGCGCUGCUCAGGCCACCUCUCCCACUGACGAGAAGCAUGGCCACGCUGGCAUCGGAGAACUGGCUGCUGCCCUCAAUGAAUUUGAUAACAAGAUCAUCUUGGACCCUCUGACAUUCAGUGAGGCACGUUUCCGCCCCUCUCUGGAGGAGCGCUUGGAGAGCAUUAUCAGCGGUGCAGCUUUAAUGGCUGACUCUUCAUGCACACGUGACGACCGACGUGAACGCAUCGUGGCCGAGUGCAACGCCGUUCGACAGGCCCUCCAAGACUUGUUGAGCGAGUACAUGAACAAUACUGGCAGGAAAGAGAAAGGUGACCCCCUGAACACAGCCAUUGAUAAGAUGACCAAAAAGACCAGGGACCUGCGUAGACAGUUGAGAAAGGCAGUCAUGGACCACAUCUCAGACUCUUUUCUGGAGACCAACGUCCCCCUUUUGGUGCUCAUUGAAGCAGCUAAGAGUGGAAACGAGAAGGAGGUCAAGGAGUACGCCCAGGUGUUCCGCGAACAUGCCAACAAGCUGGUGGAGGUGGCUAACCUGGCUUGCUCUAUCUCCAACAAUGAGGAAGGUGUCAAGUUGGUUCGUAUGGCUGCCACCCAAAUUGACAGCUUAUGUCCACAGGUUAUCAAUGCUGCGCUCACUCUGGCUGCCCGCCCACAAAGCAAGGUGGCUCAGGACAACAUGGAUGUUUUCAAAGACCAGUGGGAGAAGCAGGUGCGCAUCUUGACCGAGGCUGUGGACGACAUCACCUCUGUGGAUGACUUCCUGUCUGUAUCAGAGAACCACAUCCUGGAGGACGUCAACAAAUGCGUAAUUGCUCUACAAGGCGAUGUGGACACUCUUGACCGAACCGCUGGUGCUAUCCGGGGCCGGGCUGCCCGUGUGGUCCACAUCAUUAAUGCUGAGAUGGAGAACUAUGAACCGGGGGUGUACACCGAGCGAGUGUUGGAGUCCAUCAAGCUCCUGUCUGAGACUGUCAUGCCGCGUUUUGCUGAACAAGUGGAGGUAGCUAUCGAGGCACUGAGUACAAACCCCCCGCAGGCCUUUGAGGAGAACGAGUUCAUUGAUGCAUCGCGUUUGGUCUACGAUGGAGUCCGUGACAUCAGGAAAGCUGUCCUAAUGAUAAGGACACCAGAGGAGCUGGAAGAUGACUCCGACUUUGAACAGGAGGACUAUGAUACUCGCAGCAGGACUAGUGUCCAGACUGAAGAUGACCAGCUUAUUGCCGGACAGAGCGCUAGGGCUAUCAUGGCACAGCUUCCCCAGGAGGAGAAAGCCAAGAUUGCUGAGCAGGUGGAAAGCUUCAGACAGGAGAAGUGUAAGCUGGAUGCAGAGGUGGCCAAGUGGGAUGACAACGGCAAUGACAUCAUUGUGCUGGCCAAGCAGAUGUGUAUGAUCAUGAUGGAGAUGACCGAUUUCACCAGAGGUAAAGGCCCCCUGAAGAACUCUUCAGAUGUGAUCAAUGCCGCUAAGAAGAUUGCGGAGGCUGGUUCCAGGAUGGACAAAUUGGCCCGAGCUGUUGCAGAUCAGUGCCCUGAUUCAGCGUGCAAGCAGGAUCUGCUGGCCUACCUGCAGAGAAUUGCCCUGUACUGUCAUCAGCUCAAUAUCUGCAGCAAGGUGAAAGCUGAGGUUCAGAAUCUGGGCGGAGAGCUCAUCGUGUCUGGGUUGGACAGUGCCACCUCCCUCAUCCAAGCCGCCAAGAACCUCAUGAACGCCGUGGUGCUGACGGUAAAGGCGUCGUACGUGGCCUCCACCAAGUACCAAAAGGUCUACGGGACGGCCGCCGUUAACUCGCCCGUGGUGUCGUGGCGCAUGAAGGCCCCCGAAAAGAAGCCUUUGGUAAAAAGGGAGAAGCCCGAGGAAUGCCAGACACGCGUUCGACGAGGUUCCCAGAAGAAACACAUCUCCCCUGUCCAGGCCCUCAGCGAAUUCAAGGCCAUGGACUCCUUCUAAGAAAAACGAAAAAUAAAAAUAAUACUCACCGAAGAAAAACAAGAAAACAUGAUGGUGACAUGUUGAAGAGAA